AUGACAUCAGAUGCCAGCCACAUGCUGGACGCAGCCUUGGAGCAAAUGGAUAACAUUAUCGCUGGAGGGUUCUGCGAGGCCUUCUUGAAGUUUGGGGCCCAGGGUUACCCCUCCCAGGGUUCGGACUCUGCCCUCAUUCCUGCCCUGACCUCAGCCAUUACCCCCGACAUCAGGGUGCUGCAGCUGGUAGAGGAUCUCAGGGUAGCCCUGGAGGGCCAGGUGGACCAGGAGUCCAAGAGGAGACAGGUCCCCAUAGACACAGCACACGCCCUGUUAGAAUGGCUGGAGAAGGGAGGGGUGAGUACCUUCAACACACAGUCCCCUGUGAACGGCGAGACUAACCAAGAACGAUUGACACGCUUAGAGGGAGACAAAGAGUCCCUUGUCCUCCAGGUGAGCGUUCUGACGGACCAGGUGGAAGCUCAGGGUGUAAAGAUCAGUGAUCUGGAAAGUUCUCUGGAGGAACACCAACACAAGCUAAACUCUACAGAAGAGAUGCUGCAGCAGGAGCUCCUUAGCAGGACGUCACUGGAGAGUCAGAAGUUGGAUCUGAUGGGAGAGGUGUCCUACCUGAAACUGAAGCUAGUGGACAUGGAGGAGAAACAGAUUCAUGGAGUUGAGAGGCAGCACAAAGCAGAGAGUGUCGUAAACUUGAUUAGUGAGCUGCAGGAGCAGAUGUGUAGGUUUCAGCAGGAGAUCAAUUGCAGGAUCCGGGAGAAAACAGGCCAGGCUGACAGCAGCCUACAGAAGGCCUGCGACACUGGGUCCACGGAUGCCCAAAACCCAGACCAGGGGCUCGCCUGUGAUGGUAGCCCAGAGGAGGUACACGACAGUGGGCUGGAGGAGCCUCCUGACGUGAUCCUAUUUUCAGGCGUGGAGAAUAGCUCCAGUACUUCUGAGGAGCAGUGCUGCUGUGGAAGAGAGAGUGUCAUACUUCAAGAGCUCAGACUUCUCAAGGAGAAAGUAGACCAUCUUGAAGACCAGAAGUCCCAGUAUGAGAGGAGACUCAAAGCAGCAAAGGCAGAGCUAUCAGACCUCCAGCAGCUCCUGCUCAGUAAGAAUGCUGAGAUAGACAGCCUGCACACACAGCUCCUGGCCAGACCACUGUCCACUGAGACAUCAGAGAGAGACCAGGAGCUCCAAAGGUUAAAGACGGGGAUGGAGACACUGCUGGUUGCCAAUGAUGAAAAGGACCGGCGUAUUGAGGAGCUAACACUGCUCUUAGUCCAGUGCAGACAAUUCAGAGAUGUUGUGACCCCAAGACAAGCUCCACCCACUAUCCUCUCAAUAUCCAAUGAGAGUACUCCAUCGAGCAGCAGUGAGGAACGGGAGCAUGGAGUGGUGAUGAGGACAGUUCCUCCCAGUGUACUCCCUGAGAACAAAAAGACUGAGAAUGGGCCUGUAGAUAACCGGUGCCAGACCCUGCCGGUGAAGGCCUCCUUCCCAGAGCAUAAUGGAGAGGGAGAGUGCAGUGAGACACAGAGCCAGAGGUCUCCAGAGGGGAGUGAGGAUGGAGACUCAAGAAAGAUGGAGAAAAUGGACGACACCUCAUCCUCUGACCUUUCACCCCAGUCUUCAGGGGCGGAGUCGGGUCAACGAACUAUUGGCUCACCAGAACACUUGAAGAACAAUAACAGUAUCAGAAAGCUCUGGGGAAAGAUCAGGCGGACCCAGUCAGGGGGUCUGCAGGGGGAGGACCUGGAACCAAACCAGUUUAGGAGAGGGGGGCUGCGUGCCACAGCGGGGCCAAGGCUGACCCGGACCCCUGAGUCUGGCAGCACUGUUCGGGAUAUGAACACUCCAUUCAGCCAGUGGACCAGAGAGCAGGUGUGUGGUUGGCUGGAGGACUAUGGUCUGGGCCAGUACGUCAACCUGACCCGGCAGUGGGUCGACAACGGACAGACGCUCCUGUCCGCAAGGCCACAGGACUUUGAGAAGGAAAUGGGUAUCAAACACCCGCUACACAGGAAGAAACUACAGCUGGCUCUAAGGGGGUUCAGUACUAAAGCCAUGGAAAAGUCCUCUGAACUGGACCACAUCUGGGUUACACGAUGGUUGGAUGACAUAGGCCUUCCUCAGUACAAGGACCAGUUCCACGAGGGGCGAGUGGAUGGCAGGAUGCUCCAGUAUCUCACCGUGAAUGACCUGCUUUUCCUGAAGGUGACCAGUCAGCUUCAUCACCUCAGUAUAAAGUGUGCUAUCCACGUCCUCCACGUCAACAAGUUCAACCCCCACUGCCUCCGACGAAGGCCUGGAGAGGAGAGGAACCCCUCUCCCUCAGAGGUGAUCCAAUGGUCCAACCAUCGUGUGAUGGAGUGGCUUCGGGCGGUGGACCUGGCUGAGUACGCACCCAACCUACGGGGCAGUGGGGUCCAUGGAGGUCUCAUUAUUCUGGAGCUGCGGUUCAGCUCUGAGACCCUGGCCAUGCUGCUGAACAUCCCCCCUCAGAAGACCCUGCUCCGCCGACACCUGGCCACCGCCUUCACUGCCCUGGUGGGGACGCAGGCCUCUCUGGAGAAACGGGAGUAUGCCAACGCCAUCGGCCAUGCACCCCUCACUACCGCCGCCAAAGUCCGGCCCAAGAAGCUUGGUUUCACCCACUUCAGUCACCUGAGGAAGAGGAGGCCGGAUGACUUGGCGGACUACAUCUGCCCGAUAGACAGUGGGGGCCUUUCAGCCAUGAAUGGGGUUUCCCACCGGCCGUACACAGGGGUCCGAGGCCUUAGCCCCAUCCUGGACAGAGAGCCAGAGAGGCGGGAGCAGGUGGGGCCCAAAAGCUGA